AUGGAUACUCAGCUCGUCCAGCACCGUCCCAUGGAUUUUGAUCAGAAUCGACUGAGAGAUGUGUGGAAGCACGCCUGUUUCCUCGUCAAAGUGGCCUACGAUCUAGACUGGGCUGUCGGUCAGUUCGAGAUGCUGGAAAAACAGGCACCGAACUGUCUGAUCAAAGCAGUUCUCUUGCUGAACAUUGGCAUGACUCACACCCUUCAAGCUGAAUAUGAGCAUGCUGAGCAAACUUUUAAGAAGGUUCUUCCACUGCAUCGUUUCAUGGCCCCGCUUGCUCACUAUCUUCUUGGUCUCGUGCGAUUCGAACUUACUGAAUACGAGCAAGCGCAAAUCAGCUUCAAGCUAUGUGCUUAUAUCCUAAAGCAGACUGAUUGCAAUCGCUCCUAUCAUUCCCUCGGAUUGGACUUUACACUGUCGCAUCAUCUGGUUCAGGAGAAUGAGGAAAUUGCAGCGUACGAAUGGACACUCAAACAGAAAGGA